AUGGACCCCAAGAGCAACAUCCCAGGCGCUCCCAUCGAAGCUCCGAGAAGUUACGGCAAGCGAUCAGACGAGAAUUUCACACCCAAGCCGCUCCCUCGACCCAUCGGUAUGCCGCUGCCCCCCCGUCCCGGCGAGAACACGGGCAUCGACACCCGGUCCCUGAAACAACGAAAGGCGGACUUUGGAGACUACGAGAAACACAUGGCAAGGCGGAAUGAAUUAACGGCCAAGCUGUCGAGACCGUACUUCCGCGACUGGGGCAAUCUCCAGUUCCACCAAGGCAAAUCCUUCCUCGCGCCACCCCGACUCUUCAAGGCCGAGCUAUCUCUCUUCUUCCCCAACCUGUACGGCGAGACGCUCGUCAAGUCCGACAAGGCGCCCCGCGACACCACGCCGCUGCUGACGGGUAAAGCAUCCGUCGUUUCCAUCUACAGCAGCCAGUGGGCGGAGCAGCAGGUCGCCACCUUUGUGUCCAGAGAGUCGAACCCGGCGCUACACGAGGCCCUCGACAAGAAUGCUGAUGUUGCGCAAGUGGUCAGCAUCAACUACGAAGAUAACAGGGGCAAGGCCUGGCUGGUCAAGCUGUUUCGCGGCUCGUUGAGAAGGAGAUUCGCCGAGAGGGACUGGGACAAGUAUUUCCUCGUCCAGCGAGGCAUCACGGACGACAUAAGGGAGUCGAUUGGCCUCCUGAACAGCAAAGUGGGCUACACCUACCUGGUCGAUCACCACUGUCGCAUCCGCUGGGCCGGAAGCGGUCCCAGCCGUCCCUACGAGAACGCAAGUCUGGCAAAGGGCCUUGCUCGGCUAGUCGAGGAAGUCAAGAGGGACGCGGCCCGGCCCGCCGCAGCGAGGGAACAACUCCCUGGAAGACCUCAUCUUUUGAAGCAGAGCGCCUAG